AAACUGAUCAUUCGAUUUGACUCGCUCCAUUUUUUGCAAUCACCACACCACACGCAUCUCCAGAUUUCCGGUUGCAUCAGUGAUUUUCAUCUCGUAGCUAGCCUCCUUGUCCUUGUGCCCUGUCGCCGUUGUGCACGCGCCGUUCAGUUCACUGCUCCUCUUCAUUGCUGCUUGCCUCGAGAUAACGGCGAAAGGUUGGCCUGAUGGCCUAGUCUAAAAUUCGUUGGGUACCUGGGUUUGCCUGCAAAACUAGUGCCAAGAUAGAUAUAAAAAUGAAAAAUUCCUGUUCAUGUCUUCAUCAGUCGAUAAGGAUGGUUUACAGCCUUUCGCCCCCCUUCUCUUCUUCUGUCCAAAUCUGCCUCGCCCCCCUGCCGUGCUCCAUACCAUUUCGUAGAGCAGAGGACCGUACCGUCCCUGCUUUUCAGUGUGGAACAAGAACCCGGAUAGGCGGAUACUGAACGCCCCGAGACCUGGUUUGCGUCGUCGAGUGGAGAGUUAGCAUUGGGUGGCUCUAGCAAACAGACGAUUUUUUUCUUUCUUGCACGUCUGGAACACGUGAUGGUUUCGUUCCUGCAGGCUCUUUGCUGGAGUGACAGCAAAAACUGGCCUAUUUUUCAAAAAAAAAAAACUGGUCGACAGAGCAGAGACCAUCAUACAAAGUUGCUGCGUUUUGAACCUUUUGGUCUAUCCAAAGACGUGUUUCCGGGGUUGGAGCCGGUAGGGAAAGUAUGCUUGCGUUUUAUUUUCCUUUGCGAGAAAGUGAAAGCAUGAUUUAUGUUCACUUUGAUUUCUUUUUUUUUUCUUUGAAGAAAAGUUCACUUUGAUUUCAGUGGUUUAUAAAACAGCGCGACUGGGUCCCUGCUGUUAAGUGUACUGUAGUUGCUGACCACGUAGGAACAUAUAACCCAAAUAUCUUCUAGAGUAUUUAAGUAAAAAGCUAUUCACAGUUGAUCCUUCGGUUUCACCCCUCACUUCUGGGAUCGCCAGUGAUCAGACCACGCGAUCCGGUUGCAUGCCGCCUUUCUGCUGCUUCAGUUCUCUUUUCUCUCCAGCUUUCUGAAUUUGGAAAAAAAAUCAGUUUACAUUCUUGAACUAUAUAUUAAAAGUUUAAUUUUCAACCUUCAACUAUAAGAUCGGACAACAAAGACCAUUCAAUUAUCGAAAUCGGAAAAAUUUGACCUUUGGGUGGUUUUAUAUUUUGUAAAAAUAAAAAAUAUUCAAAUUUAAACUAAAAAAUUAUAAGUAAUUUAUUUUAAAUAAAAUAAUAUGAAAUGGGUAUCAAAAAAUUUCUAAAAAUAUAACCUAUCUAUUGGCGCUAUGGUGGAUGGCUUCUGUUGGAUUAUCCAAUUUUGAAAGUUGGAUGUUCUUUGUCUGAUUUUAUAGUUGAAAGUUGAAAAUCUAAAUUUGACAGUGUAAACUGAACUUUUCCCUCUAAAAUUGCAUCUCCUAGCCUCCGUUCCUGCUGCUUUCACCUUACCACCGGCGCGCACGUUUGACUUGACCGAGUCCGCAAGUACUAGUUGGUUUGCCCGACAAAAUACUGCGUGGGUAGGUAGAAAAGAUCGAAAAUCCGGCUCCUAUUUCCUUUCCUCGUGCGACAAGAAUUACACCCCUUGUUCUUUUUCAUGAACAAGAUUCAUCAGGCGGCCUGGCGGCCUGCGGCCAUCCACAGCGUCUUGUAGAGCAGAAAACCAAACUGUCCUAGCUUCAGUCUGAACUCUGAAACAAGAGUCAGGUUACUACCUAAUUACCUAUACUACUACUAAUACAUGCCGAACGAGUGAAACACAGCCUUUUUUUGAAAGGGAUGAAACACGGUCUAGACACCUGGUUUGCAUCACUGAACUGAGAAGUUAGCUAGUAUUGGCUCUGUUAGGCAACUGACCAGAACGUUUACUUCCUUCCACGUCUAGACAACGUGAUACUUCAGUUGCUGCAGGCAGGCUCUCUGUUGGAGCGACAGCACACUGGCCGUGAGAGCAGAGACCACCAUGCGAGUACCCAAACGCUUUGGUUUGUUCCGAAUCAAAGACACGUUGCCAGGGCCGGAGAAAAAGCAUAGCUUGUGUUCAGUCUUGACUACGGUGGUUCCCAAAACAGAGCCGACUGGUUCCCUUCCGUUUACUAGUGCGGCAGACUUUGUAACUGCUGACGACACAGGAACGUUUAACGCAAAUCUUCUAGCGAGAUUUUUUUUUUGAAAGGAAAUCUUCUAGCGAGAAUUCGUACAGGAAAUGUCGAUCCAGUCAUCCAGAACCAAGACCAAGGACCUUUCUUCGUCAAUGAAAACCGCGCAGGUGUGCACGGAACAGCUGACUUCGCCGAGGGAGUAAUUGGCACCUUGCGAGACCCAGCAGCUGGCCACGGUCAGCCAUGGGCUCUUCGCCGCCAUGUCCCUCUCGUCGGCCACCCCGAUCGGCCUUCUGAGAAACUAGGAGCCUCCCAACCUUAUAAGGCGAGACGGGGCGGCCGGCCACCAGACUAAGAAGCUAGGAAAAGUAACCUAUCCAGCCAUGGAUCUCUUGCUACCCCACCACCGGCUGCCGCUUCUCCUCGCCAUCUUGGUUGCCGCUUCUUCCCAUGGCGCGUCUUCCAGCGGGGACGACGGCUACGACGCCUCCAUGUGCGUGCGGCAGCCUUACACCUGCGGCGGCGUCAGCAUCAAGUACCCGUUCUACAGCAGGACGGGAGCUCUGCUGGGGAACGCCAGCUCGUACUGCGGCUACCCCGGCCUGGAGAUCCAGUGCGAGGAAGGCCAGGCGUUCCUGGAACUCCAAAGCGGCAACUACACGAUCUCGCGCAUCAACUACGACGACCUCACAGUCCGGCUUGUUGAUCCUGAGGUCCUCGACGGGAGAAGCUGCCCCAGAGCCGACCACAACGUGACGUUCCGAAACGUCUCGUGGCUGUACUAUCCUAGCACCACGGUCGACUACCUCCUCUUCUUCAUCAACUGCAACUUCCUCUCCGACUUGUAUCGGCCGUCAAGCUCGAACUCCACCGCCUGCAAAUUCGAUGUCGGGCAGGCGUCGACCGGGAUGUCCUUCGUGUUCUUGGAGCAAGACGUGCCGUACCCGAACAUGAACUGGUGGCGGUCGUGCAGCGACGUUAUCGAAGUGCCCGUGCUCAAAUCUGGUCUCCCUUCCGAUUCACGAAAUGAUCCCACAUGGAAGAACGGUGGGUAUGGCAGCAGCCUUCGUGACGGAUUCCAGUUGGCGUUGAAUCAGAGCCUGAAGCUUCAGGCGUGUGCCCAGUGCGAGCAGUCGGAGGGGCAAUGCGGCUACAACCAGACGGGGACAUUCGUAGCCUGCUUGUGCUCCGACGGCCGCGUCGGCCAUCCCAAUUGCACCACCGAUCCUUCCGGAAGAUCAAAAAUGCUACGAGUGAUUAUUGGUUCGGCUGCGGCUAGUUUUGCCGUGCUUGCUGCUGCCGCAAUUUUGUUCUUCAUGCUCAAGAGGAAGAAGAAGAACGUGAUCAACUCGUCCUCGAAGCUUCUCAAGUACAGCGGCUCUGGCGGGACCCCGCGUUCCCGGGUCGGCGACAUGGAGUCCGGCAGCAUCGAGGACCCGCCGACGCACCUCUUCACCUACGAGGAGCUCGAGGAGGCCACCAACUCCUUCGAUGAGCACAGAGAGCUCGGUGAUGGCGGCUUCGGCACCGUCUACAAAGGGUACCUCAAGGACGGGCGCGUGGUGGCGGUGAAGCGGCUGUACAACAACAGCUACCGGCGCGUGGAGCAGUUCCAGAACGAGGCGGGCAUCCUGUCCGGGCUGCGCCACCCGAACCUGGUCAUGUUCUACGGCUGCACGCCCAGCACGAGCCGCGAGCUCCUCCUGGUGUACGAGUUCGUCGCCAACGGCACGGUCGCCGACCACCUGCACGGGCACCGCGCCCCGGAGCGCGCGCUCUCGUGGCCGCUCCGCCUCAGCAUCGCCGUCGAGUCCGCCGCGGCGCUCACCUACCUCCACGCCAUCGAGCCCCCCGUCGUGCACCGCGACGUCAAGACCACCAACAUCCUCCUCGACGCCGACUUCCACGUCAAGGUCGCCGACUUCGGCCUCUCCCGCCUCUUCCCCCUCGACGUCACGCACGUCUCCACCGCGCCCCAGGGCACGCCAGGGUACGUGGAUCCAGAGUACCACCAGUGCUACCAGCUAACGGACAAGAGCGACGUGUACAGCUUCGGGGUGGUCCUGGUGGAGCUCAUCGCGUCGAAGCCCGCUGUGGACAUCACCCGGCACCGCAACGAGAUCAACCUGGCCGGCAUGGCCAUCAGCAAGAUCCAGAACUGCCACCUCGAGCAGCUGGUGGACCUCGACCUAGGCUACGAGGCCGACCCGGCCACGAAGAAGAUGAUGACCAUGGUCGCCGAGCUGGCCUUCCGCUGCCUGCAGCAGAACGGCGAGAUGCGCCCGCCGAUGAAGGAGGUGCUCGAGGUGCUCAGGAGCAUCCAGGGCGAGUGCCGGGCGGCGAAGGACGGGGACAAGCACAAGGACGGGCCCUUCUCCCCCACCACGGUUCACGCUCCGUGGGACAGCAGGGCCACGACGCCCAACACCAGCAGGGAUUAGAUUAGUGCUCGAGAUGCUGAUACCCAUCGAGAUUUAUUUGUGUUUGUUACCGCUGCUGCUGCUGCAUAGAGAUGUGCUUGCUGUGUGAGGCAUGCCAGAUUACCUGUCCCUUUGGCUUUCAGGAUUCUUGGUGAUGUAAAUAUUUGUUUUGUUGGCACCGUCAGAGCAGAGGGAAUGUACAUACAUAUAAGAGUGGUGAAGGGCACUUAUAUAUGGGUACUGAACAUAUGUCAUAUGUGACUAGGCUGACCCCUUUUUAUUUAUUUAUUCCCUUUCUUUCUUU